AUGGCAACCAAGAGAAACACCCAAGAGGCAAAGCCAGUCGAUCUCGAUCUCGACGAGGCUAUCACAAGAGGAUGGGAACUUCCUGAUAUUAACCUCAAGGAAAUCAGAGACUCGAUCCCUGCCCAUUGUUUCCGUCGAGAUACUUUCCGUUCGUUCACCUAUGUACUCCAUGAUUUUACACUCAUUGCAAUCAUUGGAUACGGUGCCACCUGGAUCGACACUCUAUCCUCAACCCCCCUCCGCUAUCUUUUGUGGAAUCUUUACUGGAUUGCCCAAGGUAUCGUUGCUACUGGUGUGUGGAUGCUUGGCCAUGAAUGCGGUCAUCAAGCAUUCAGUCCCUCAAAGACCAUAAAUGAUACUGUCGGUAUGAUUCUUCACUGUGGCUUGCUCGUCCCUUACUUCUCCUGGAAGUUCUCUCACUCUAGACAUCACAAAUCAACUGGUCAUUUGACAAGAGAUACCGCUUUUGUACCUAGAACUCGUAGCUCCUAUGGAUUGCCUCCUCUCAACGAAGAUCCCGAAAUGGAUGGUCCUCACAGUGUGUUCGAAGAGACUCCUAUCGUAUUACUGUUCGAUGUGUUCAAGUUCCUUUUCUUCGGGUGGCCUUACCAUCUCCUUACCAAUGCUGCUGCUCAAAAGGGAAGUGGCUGGAUGUCUCACUUCAACCCCAAUUGCGAAAUCUUUGAGGACAGCCAGAGAGCAGAGGUCUUUCAGUCCAUCAUCGGUGUGUUUUCUGUGAUCGGCGGGCUGUUUUAUGCCUCGAGUAUCUACGGAUCAAUGGCCGUAAUCAAGUUCUAUGUCGUGCCUUACUUUUACGUCCACGCCUGGUUGAUUCUCAUCACUUUCCUCCAGCACACCCACUACGAUCUGCCUCACUACACUGCAAAGACCUGGAAUUUCCAGAGAGGUGCCUCUCUGACCGUCGAUCGUUCAUUCGGAACAAUCUUGAACCAUUUCCACCACCAUAUCUGCGAUACCCACGUUGCCCACCAUUUCUUCUCCAACAUGCCCCACUAUCACGCUGAGGAGGCUACUGCUCAUAUCAAAAAGUCUCUUGGCAAGCAUUACCACUAUGAUGCCACCCCUAUUCCUGUUGCAUUGUUCUCUACAUGGAAGAGCUGCCGAUUUGUUGAAGAUACUGGAGAUGUUCGUUUCUACAAGAACUAG